UAUCGCCUUGGUGUAUAUGGGUUCUUGAACUCGAAGGAGUUUGACGGACACGACGCAGUGCAAAAUGCUGGCCUUCUAGAUCAGCGCCUAGCUCGUGAGUGGAUUCAACGUCACAAAUCCGCAUUUGGUGGCGAUCCUUCCAAGGUGACUAUUUGGGGAGGAAGUGCAGGCGGUCGGCUGCAAACCAGAUAA